UCCACUCAUUCCCGCCAUGGAUCGUGUUUGCUGCUCCACCGUGCUUUGCUGUGCUCUGCUGCGCUGUACUGCGCACUCUUCAAUCUAGUAGCCAAGUACAUGUAUCUAGUAGCAAACCCUCUUUGCGUUCUCCCCAGUUAUUACCCUUACUUGCCCUUCUUUUUUCCUCUCUUUCAUCCUGCUACAGUAUUCUCUUGCAGUGCUGUUAAAUCCACGCGGGAUCGACAGUAAAGCUACUGCAGGUCAUCCAUCAUCAUGCUUUGAGUCUUGCGUACACGACUAGACAAAGCUUUGAUACUCGACCAGCAUUACCGCUGCCCGACCUCUGAACCUUGGCCUUUUGUGCCUUGGCCCAGAGCACUCUGUUGAUUAUCUACUCCAGCUCAUACUCGAUUCAUCCAUCUGUAUCCCUGUUUCCCGACUGAUAUCUUCGCGCACACUCGCUCUGUCUCUCUCUUUCUCGUUGACGAAUUAACGAACUAACGAUUGCGACGGGGGGACCACCUCCCUCUCAGCCCAUCCCAUCUCACCUCCACCAAAACAAAACAAAACAAACCACAAACACUCCUUCACCACCGCCACCACCACCCGCCCACUCACCCACUCUCGCUUUUUUCCCUUCUCUUUGUCCCCCCUACUGAUUCACCAGUCCGGCCCUGAUUCCUGCGCGCCUACCCGGCGGAUGCCCGCGUCGCCUCGAUAAGUCUCACUCCCGACGUUGCCCGCAACUCCCGCCAUGACGCAGCAGCGAUCGACAUCACCAAUCAGCCGCCCGCAACCACAACAUUCGUUCAAGUCAUGAAGGGAACCGACUUCGGCAAGGCUAUCGGCAUCGACCGUCCUGCCAACGUCAAAGACAAGAUCAGGAAAUGGCAGCAGGAGCUGGAUGCCGACCCCGAAUCCUCCUCGUCGUCCCCCGCCAAAACUCCGAUACCUACAGUUCCAGCUCCUGCUGCCGCAUCAACAUCACCACCACCACAAACAACACAAACAGUACAGACAACAGCAGUGAAGCCACCGCCCAAGACAACGAAUGCGCCGUCAACACCAAAAUCCGCCUCUCCAGCCCCAGCCCCCUCCACACCCGCGCCGUCCACCCCAAAACAAAAACCCGCCGCUGCGACUACCGACAACAACAAAACUCACCACAAUGCUGCCGCUAGCCCAUCCCAACCGCGAAGCGCAAAGAAGGCCCCGCUGCCCGCCAACAAACUCGACGAAGACGUCCACGUCGUCACCGCUCCCAAGAAACGUGUCGUCAGCGACUCCCACUGGCGCAAUAAGAAAUCCCCGCCCAAGAAUGCCUCCUCCCCAAAACCCAUCCCCACCGCCUGGGUCCGACCUGCUGUCCGACGCGCCCAGAACUCCGAUCCCAAGGACAAUGAUAAUGUUGCAGAGCCCGUAGAAGCCAAGUCACCAGCUGUACCCAAGCCCAAAGCGAUCCCAUCGCCCACCAAACGCGCAACCGGCCGAACGCGCAGUGAGCGAAAACGCCGCCCCUCGCGACCCAGAAGCUCGGGCGUAGACAGUGCCGACACGCGACCCCUCAGCCGUGGCUCUGCCAGCGGGAAAGAUACCAAAAGCGCGGACGAAGGCGGCGCCACCUCCCCCUCCUCUCUUUCGCUCCGCCCAGAGAAGGAAAAGGACAAAACAGAACUUGUGCGCAUGCGUCGGAGACGCGCCCAGACUUCCCCACGUGCCUCGCUCUCCACCGAAGAUGUCUCCCUCGUUCGCCCGUCCUCACUACAAAAGUCACGCACAUCGCUAAGUGAAGAUUCGGCUGCCAACCUGAUCACAGUCGAGUACGACGAGCCCAGCGUAGUGGACCUGCAAAAGAAGGAUGAAUCACGGAGAAGGCGGAGGAGGAGCAGGAGGCAUGGGUCUAGCGACCUUUCACACGAAAACUCGCGAGAUCCCUCACCAAAAGAAGAAAAGAGAUCUCCCAUUACCUCGAGUAAACGCAGGUCACGAACUUUGGUGGAGAAGGACCAGGACGCUCAUCUUCGAUCCCUCGAGCCUGUCAUCGCACCCGCGACCCCUCCCAAAAGCUUGGGCAGCCGGUUGGAAGCAUGGCUACAGACCACCCCGGAUCCUAUAACUGCAUCAAGUUCCAAUCGGAGGCGCAAAUCAAAGGAGUCUGUUUCGACACUCGAAUUGCAGGCUGAAAAAGAACGCUCAGAAAUAAGCACCCCCAACGACUCCAAGGAAAAAUUGGCGGAUGAUACCCCAGAGCGCACCAGUGAUAGCAAACGGCGGCGCAAAAGACGCAGCCCUCCUACGUCCAGCGUAGCUUCUCCAACACUGGACUUGGACAAUGUGCCAGCCCUUGCGACUCCCACGAGAUCGGCCCAUGAUACUUCUUCUCCCACAGACAACUUGUCCCCCACCCCGACUUUGAAGCGCCGCGGUGCUAAGCGCACCCAGCACUCGCCCACCAAGGACCGUUCCAUGUCGCUUCCUUCCCGUCAUGGAUCAGAAAAAGACAGCGACGUAUCGUCCUCCCUGCUGACAUCAACGGUCGACUCCAGUGCCUCGUCGGAGGUCGACAAAGGUCAGCUCAUGUCUCCGUUCGAAAGCCCAACCAUGCGCCGCAUGUUCCCAUCCACUGGCAGACAGCUCUCCACAAUUGUUUCCGUCGAGACUUCCGCCAGAGCUCAUCCCGUGGCUCCUUCAGAAGCCACUAUUUCAGAGGCCGGGGAAACCGUGGUGGAAGAUGACGCGAAAACGCCCAAAGCUUCGCAAAUCGGAUCUAAGCUCGAGACUUCCACUAUUGUCAGCCGUAGGAGCACGAGAAGACGGCUCGCCAGCCACGCCGACUUGAUUUCUGUACUAUCUAUGUCCAAGGCAGGUUCCAAAAGCAUUGUUUCCGCGCGGAGCAUACGAACAAACAGAAGCCGCCUGGCCACUGCCACCAUGGGCGAUAUUAUGAAAGAGCUUGCUUCGGACGAGUCCAAAUACAUGCGUGAGCUCCGCACCCUAGUAGACGGUGUAAUUCCCGUACUCUUGAGCUGCGUUUUAUCCAAAACCGACUCCGCCGUCGCCAUUGGCCUAUUCAGCCCCUCUGCCGGAUCCGACCCAUCGCACGUCACGAAACCCAUAGUUGACAUGGGCGUCUCUCUUGAGCGCCUCAAAACCCUACACAAACGUAUCCCCAAGGACGACCCAGAUGCUCUCCUUUCUUGGGCCCAGAGCGCACAACGUGUGUACUCCGAUUACAUCAAGUCUUGGCGGCUAGGAUUUCAAGAUGUGGUUGUCAGCCUUGCUUCUGCCGAUGAAGAUCCGUUCACCCAAGCCAAGGUCGUGAAUGGACCAGAGGACGGUUCGCCGUGGGAUGAGGGGUUGCCCCGUAAUGCGGAGGGGUAUGUAGUUAAUGGCGAUGGGGAACGUGUGGAUGUUGCAUACAUGUUGAAGCGGCCGCUGGUGCGCUUAAAGUAUCUGGCGAAAUCGCUCAAGGGAAUCCAACAUAUCAAGCCCUCCGACCGAGCUGCACAAAUGUCGACAGCCUUCCAAGAGCUUGUCACCUUCGCUAGGAAACGAUCCAACGACGAGCACGCCAGGCUCGAAGACGAGGCCGCUGCGAAGAUUGACCCCACUCGUGCUCGCGAUCCCAGGAGCUUGGCUCCUUUGGCUGGCGUUCGCAUUGAUCCGACUCGUUGCGUGCGAGCCAGAGAUCAUUUCGACCUGCAUCUCUACCAUUCCAGCGGGCAGGAACUCAAUUGCGGCGUCGAGUUACUGCUCCGCGAUAACCCUGCCGGUGGCAGCUCCAGUGGUGAUCUCUUGAUUUGCGAAGUCGACAAGUCGGGACGUUGGCUUCUUCUUCCCCCGAUUCAGCAAAGUCGCAUUUCAGCCCGCAACGGAGACCACAAGGGCGAAAUCAUUGUCAUGAUCCGCGGAAACCACGGCGACGGCAGCGAAUGGUCUGAAGUCAUGUCCCUGACCAUUGACGACGAGCAGGCCGGCUUCGACUGGGUGCACAUGUUCGGCCUCAACCCGAUCCCGCCGCACAUCACCGACCUCAAACGCGAGUUGACGUUGAAGAGAGAGGCGCCACACAGACCCUCUUCCAGCAGUAUCGUCUCCUCGGCUGCCACCGGCUCCACUCCUCCGCGCAAGAGCCGCACCCCGAGUCCGCAUCAAGUGGAAAUUCCCAUUGGUGAGCAGGCCAACGUGUCGUCGUCCAAACGGUGGAGUUUUGAGCACUCGAGCCGCAGUGUGUCACCUGUGACGCCUCCCAGCACCGAGCCUUCCCAGGUUGGACGGCCAUCAUCUCCACCGUCUCCACUCGAUGCUUCUCAACGAUUUACAGAUGGGAAGACAGUUUCCCCACGAUCAAAGGGCCACUCUGAAGAUGACCUUCAGCGCACUCCACGCAGCCUCAAUGAAGCUAUGCAACAAUCUGGCUCUGGUUCCCCAAUCGCUUUGAAGAGAACGCGCGCGAGGCGUAUGUCGAGAAAUGCCCCCUCCCCAACAGGAUCACGCCCAUCGAGGCAGAUCGUGCUCGACGAUCCCAUUGAGGAAGAAUAUAAACCGCCCAGAAAACAGUCUCAGCGUCUACGGAAAAACCGGCCGCAAUCUGUGGGCUCCAUCACCUCGUCUUCGUUGACGCAGUCCAGUAAGGGAUACAGCGUGUGGCUGCCCAACUCCUCGGAAGCAGAGUACUCGGAUGAGUCCUCUGAGGGAGACCUCUCCACCGAGGACGACUACGAACCGCCUUCCAGGCCGCAGGCACAUCGCCGAGCAUCGUCUGUCCCGACCAUGGAAAUGCCCACCAUCCCCAGACAGCGCAAAUCAAGUCAGCCGACUACACCUGCCAAAACACAAGAGCCUGUGGACGCACCUGAGCCUCCAGCCUCGGCCCCACCAAGAUUCGCUGAACGCCGCAUUGGGCCUAUUCAGGAGGAUGGUGUCGCUGAAGACGACGACGACGACGUGCCUCCCCCGGUUCCUGAGCACCGAUCACCCAGCCCUGCCACGCCAGUCACUCUGAAAGGUUCGAAAACACCCGUUCUCACCUCUGGGUUGAAAGGCAAGAGACGCUCCUCGUCACCUCUCAAACACGAGUACGAGCCUUCUACCUGCUCCGAGUCAUCCAGCGAAAGCGAGCUGGAGAUUUCGGAAGACGAAUCACUUACUUCUGAUUCAUCUGAAGAUGAGCUCGAAGACGAUGUUCCUACCCCGCUAAUGCCUCUUGGGCAGCUCAGAUCACUGCCAAAGGUGUCUCCCCCCGGUUCCAUCUACACAUUACCAACCGGCAACGGCUCUAUAACUCCGUCCCAGUCAGCUUCAAACACACCUUACCGGGCCGUACCCAAGAAUACGAAGAAGGCAUCGCAAGCUAUUGCAUCUAUUAUGGCGUGGUCUGACGAUGCUGGCCAAUGGAAAAGUCUACAUCCCGGCGAGUGCAACAUCGUUGUCACGCCUGGGAAGAUACAAAUGUUCGAAAUGAGCACAUCCACACCAAAACUGCUCAUGACGGAUGGUGACGAGAUUAUCCCUCCCGAUGGGCGAGCUCCCCUUAUUGCGGUUGAGCUUACGCCCCUCGUGCCUCUCCGCAAGUCCACCGGCCUUGAUAUCGAGAUUCGUUCCCCGCCUACAUCCGAGUCACGUAUCAAGACAGGCAACUACACCAUGCUGCGAAGCCGCACGGCCACCGAAUGCGACCAACUGUAUGCCAUGAUCAAUCACUCGCGCAUCAACAAUCCCACAUACAUUGCCCUACAAAAUGCACGAGGACCGUAUGGACAGAGUAGCUGGGCGGAGGCCAUGGAUAGACAAAACGCGGCACGCACCAGCGGUGGUGGCUCUUCGGGAUGGUUUGGCGGGACACUAGGACGACGCAGUUCGUACCGUAAGACCAGCACGCGCGCAGCCUCCAUUUCCGCCGCGACCGAAUCAUCAGUCGGCACCAUGAACACGGCGCUGCGCAGCGCUCUAGGCCGCUUCAGUUUCGCCAAACACGGGCGCUUCAACAUCCGCGACUCGACCCUUGGGUCUCGCAGCGCCGCCAACAGUUUCGACACAGGCUCUAGCGGAUCGGGCUCCGGCACCAGCACACCUCUCAACGUCGCCUCGGCUGGCAUCACAAACUCCAAAUGCCGCCUCUACGAGCGCGAAACCCUCAAGAAAUGGCGCGACAUGGGCGCUGCGCGCCUCACUAUCCUCCUCCCCGACACCACCCCCAACGCCGGUGGUAUAGUAUCCGCGACCCGCAACGGCAAAGGAAGUCCCGGCGCUCGCGACCCCACGCAAGAAAAACGCAUCCUCAUCACGUCCAAAUCCACGAACGAAACCUUGCUCGAUGUCACGCUUAGCGAAUCGUGCUUUGAGCGUGUGGCUAGACUCGGCAUUGCCAUCAGCGUUUGGGAGGAUCUGGUUGAUGAGGAAGGUGUCGCUGGAAGGGCGGCUAGAACCGGUGGGAUCAGCAGUGCGAGGGCGAGGGUGUUUAUGGUGCAGCUCAAGAGCGAGAGGGAGUGUGCUUGGUGUUUUGGGCUGUUGGGGAAGAUGAGGUAUUGA